CGUCGUGUGUCCUUGAGAAUUUACACACGAAAGUUAGUUCAAAGCAGAUAUGGAGAAACAGAGCACUUCUUCAUCAUCAUCUUCUUGGAUUCGAGGUUCUUGUAUUGGAAGAGGAUGUUUUGGAACCGUAAGCAAAGCCGUGAGUAAAAUCGACGGUGAAGUUUUCGCCGUGAAGUCAGUAGAUCUCGCCACGUGUCUUCCCUCUCAAUCAGAGUCGCUGGAGAACGAAAUCGCGAUCCUCCGCUCUCUCAAGACUCACCCGCACAUCGUGAGGUUCCUCGACGAUGACGUGUCUAACGAGGGAACGACGUCGUUUAGGAAUCUCCACUUGGAGUAUUUACCGGAAGGUGACGUGGCUAACGUUGGUAAAAUCGUUAACGACGAAACUCUCCUUCGGCGUUACGUUUGGUGCCUCGUCUCUGCUCUCGGCCACGUUCACGCUAACGAAAUCGUCCACUGCGACGUGAAGUCGAAGAACGUUCUCGUUGUUAACGGCGGAAGCUUCGUUAAGCUUGCGGACUUCGGCUCGGCAAUGGAGUUGGAGAAACCGGCGGCGGAGAUUGCGCCGCGUGGAAGUCCGCUCUGGAUGGCUCCGGAGGUGGUGAGGAGAGAGUACCAAGGACCGGAGAGCGACGUGUGGUCUCUUGGCUGUACGGUCGUCGAGAUGCUCACCGGAAAGCCAGCGUGGGAAGAUCACGGUUUCGACUCGCUGAGUCGAAUCGGAUUUUCAAACGAGUUGCCGUUUAUUCCGGCGGGUGUUUCGGAGCUCUGCCGCGACUUCUUGGACAAAUGCUUGAGACGAGACAGGAGGCAGAGAUGGAGUUGCGAACAGCUUUUGGAGCAUCCGUUUCUAUGUCAAGAUCAUCAUCACUUGUUGUUCACUACCGAGUCGUCUCCGCGUUGCGUAUUGGACUGGGUCAACUCGGAGUUCGAGGAAGAGGAACAGAGCGAUGAGUUGAGAGUUGAAUCUAUGGUCUCAGCUAUGGCAAGGAUAAGUAAACUAGCGACGAUCGGAGGAGAGGCAAUUUGGGAAUCUAAUGGUUGGACUGAGGUUAGAGGCAAUGCUUCCGAAGAGUCAGGGGCACAAUGGGAAUAUCCGAGUUCAACAAGGGCAGAAUCGGAAUUAAAUAUAUCACCGGAGUCUACCGGUGACACCGGUACACGGACGGUGAACGAAGACUCAGAGUUGACGUCGGUGAUAACGUGUGAAAUAUUGUCGUUGAUGGUGUUACUGGUGGUAGAGAAUAUUCAGAUAUAUGCCACGUUUUACACCAAUGUUUUUAUUCGUAUUCUGUAUAGUUGUUAUCAUAAUCAAAAUAAUAAGAAGACGAAGUUGCGCAAAAAUCUAUCGUUCAUUCUCAGCCUUAACUUUUUGUUCGGUAUUGCAUGUGAUUCGGAUCGGUCUAUCUAUCUCAUGAAAACUCUUUUACGUGGUGCGAUGAGUGUCCUAACUCUCAACUGUGUACCUCUUUUUGGUGAUAACUCUCACUUGCACAACUCAAUCUUGGUUUGGUAG